GGCUCUCUCGAUCUGCUGACACUAUAUCAACAAAUUGGUAAAUGGCACCACUCGAACGCGUAUCCGUUCAAUCAACUUAAGAAAAGAAGAUUUACUCGUUGUCCUGGCUUAGGGAAGUUCACAGUUUGCUUGCAUAUAUAAACUUGAUUCAACAAGAAACAGUGCUAAAAUGUGGUAGUUAAAUUUAAUCGGUGUCAUGCUAAACAUGGAUAAUAUUGAAAUAACAAAACACAUAGAAGGCACCCCCGAUUAAAAUUGUCGGUCGCCUAAAAUUGCCAUCAUGAAUGGAAAUUGUGUUAACGCUGACAAGCCUGCAGUAGAAGUAGAAGUUAAGGAGAGGAAGUUCAAAGCGUCGAGUGUUAAAGAAAAACUCCUGCAAAUAAGAUCAAAUAUAACCGUAGAACCGAUUAUUGCGUGUUAUAUUAUGUCCAAUGUUUUUUCGGGUCUAGCUGUACAGAAUUUAAAUUUGGAAAAGGCCUGUCGAGUCAAUUUAGGUUACAGUGAUGAAGUAUGUUCAGCGUUGAACAGGCGGCAGACAGAAAAUUAUACCACAGAGGAGUCAGAGGUGCAGAAGUUGACGGCAUCAGUACAAGCUUGGAAGAACAUAGUUCAGACGGCGUUCCCUUGUAUCUUAGUGUUGUUUGUGGGAUCAUGGAGCGACAAAACUGGCAAACGCAAAGCUUGCAUACUUCUGCCUAUAGUUGGAGAGGUUUUAUGUUGUACAUGCUUCAUCUUAAACACCUAUUUCUUCUACGAAUUGCCAUUGGAGGUCACAGCUCUUUCAGAUUUAUUCCCGUCACUAACCGGAGGUUGGAUUACCGUUUGCGUUGGAGUGUUCAGUUAUAUUGGCGAUGUGACGACUAAAGAAAUGAGAACAUUUCGAGUAGGAGUGGCUAAUUUGUGCAUGUCGCUUGGUAUUCCUAUUGGAAUGUCCCUCAGCGGUAUACUGUUACAGCAAAUCGGAUACUAUGGCAUCUUCAUGAUAUCUAAUCUAUUGUAUCUAACAAGUCUUAUAUAUGGAUACAUUCGACUGAAAGAUCCGGAAAUAUCUGCAGAGCGACAACGUGUUCAACCAGUGGGCUGCAAAGGAUGGGUCUGCUCGUUCUUCGACGCGGGGCACGUGCGGGAAACGCUCACGGUGGCCUUCAGGAGCGGCCCGCGACGCCGCAGGCUGAGAGUGUCCUUGCUUAUUGUGGUCGUUUGCGUUAUAUUCGGACCUUUACAUGGAGAGAUGAAUGUACUGUAUCUGUUUAUGAGAUACAGAUUUAACUGGGACGAAGUACAAUUUAGUAUGUUUUGCACCUACAGCAUUAUCACUAAUUUAGUCGGUACCCUCUUUUCAAUAAGUAUCUUCAGUGACUUCAUGAAGUUGGACGACUCAGUUGUUGGCAUCAUCUCCUGCACCAGCAAGAUUCUUGCCUCAUUCAUUUUUGCCUUCGCUACCACAACUACAGAAAUUUACCUGGCUCCAUUAGUGGAAAUAUUCAAUGGGACCUCCUUCAUAGCAAUGCGGUCGAUAGCUUCCAAACUCGUGACUAGCGAGGAGUUGGGUAAAGUGAACUCGCUGUUUGGGCUGGCUGAAGCUAUGAUGCCAUUGGUGUACGGUCCACUAUACUCCAGGGUCUACAUGGCGACUUUAAACGUGCUGCCUGGAGCAGUCUUUUUGCUGGGGGCUGCCAUGACUGUCCCUGCUGUCGCUAUAUUUGGGUGGAUGUAUUUCGAGCAACGUGAAGACAAUAGACAAGUCGAGGAACUAGAAAGUGUAAAUAAAGAUGUUUAGUGGACUUAAUGUUUCCUUUUUAUUCUAAAAUGUAUAGCUUUAUAAAUACAUUUAAUUAUCUUGG